AGACCGCCAGUUUCGCGCGAAAGUCGGCGUUGGUUGCGUGUGCGCUCAGGCCUUGUAAUUCUAUUCAAGUGAUCGAGACUUCAUGGAAGACGCGCUCAGUGAAAAGUUUCAGAAAAUCGAGAAAAUCGGCGAGGGAACCUACGGAGUCGUGUACAAGGCCCGUGACAGGGCCACCGGACGAUUUAUUGCCUUGAAGAAGAUCCGUCUUGAGAGCGAAGCCGAAGGUGUACCGAGCACUGCCAUACGAGAAAUCGCCCUUCUGAAAGAACUUCGACACCCAAAUAUUGUGCGCCUUCUCGAUGUCGUUCCCCAAGACCAAAAGCUAUACCUCGUAUUCGAAUACAUGACGGAGGAUCUUAAGAAGCACAUGGACAAAGCAGCGUCGAGCAAAACCCCACUUGCCGUGAAGCUGGUGAAGAGCUACCUGUGGCAGCUGUUGCAAGGCAUCGCGUACUGCCACUCUCAUCGCAUCUUGCACCGGGACCUGAAGCCGCAGAACCUCCUAAUCGAUUUCGAAGGUAACAUCAAGUUAGCCGACUUCGGCCUCGCACGGGCCUUCGGGCUGCCACCGCGCACGUACACGCACGAAGUGGUUACGCUCUGGUACCGGGCGCCCGAAAUCCUCCUCGGCUCGCGCUUCUACUCGACGUCGGUAGACGUCUGGAGCAUUGGCUGCAUCUUCGCCGAAAUGCUUAUGCUAAAGGCACUCUUUGCGGGUGACUCUGAAAUAGACCAGCUUUUCCGUAUCUUCCGCACUCUCGGUACACCCGACGAGAACUCUUGGCCCGGCGUAACCAACCUUCCCGACUACAAAGCCACCUUCCCGCGCUGGGAGCCACAGUCGCUCGUGAACAUUAUCAAUGGCCUAGACGCCGACGGAGAAGACCUCAUCCUGAAGCUACUCAUUGCCGACCCUGAUGCCCGUAUGCCAGCGAAGAGAGCGCUCAGUCAUCGCUACUUUCGGGAUGUCACCAUUCAGCGGCCACUGUGCAUGUGACACUUGGUCGCGCGCAUGGCGCCGUCGCCAGGGCAUGAGCUCAGGGAUACUGGUGCCCGUUUUCUUUUUUCAUAUAUACAUAUAUCUAUAUUUUUGAUAAUGCGCGUUUUGUUCAUUUUGUUUUUAAACUCUGGUUAGCCUGCUUAGUUAUUUUCAUAUUACCUCUAAGUUGCGUGCCAGAGCGCGCAGUUUUAUUAUGUAUAAUGUGCCAGUGAGAGUGAUAUGCACUGCUAUCACUGUUUUCACGUGGUUAAACAUGUCCAGGGCGACAGGAGAUCGCCGCUGGCGACUUAUUUUUCUUAUUAAUACUGUGUAAUGUCCACAACACGAACUCUCUCUCUCUCUCUCUCUCUCUCUCUAUAUAUAUAUAUAUAUAUAUAUAUAUAUAUAUAUAUA